AUGGCGACCACAGUAGACAAGAUCAAGGAGAUCGAGACCGAAAUGGCUCGGACUCAAAAGAACAAAGCUACAUCGUAUCAUCUUGGCCAGCUCAAAGCUAAGCUCGCCAAGCUGAAGCGCGAGCUCCUGACCCCGUCCGGCGGCGGCGGCGGCGGUGGCGCAGGCUUCGAUGUCGCCCGCACAGGAGUUGCCAGCAUUGGUUUCAUCGGCUUUCCCUCUGUCGGCAAGAGCACGCUCAUGAGCCGGCUGACGGGGCAGCACUCAGAGGCGGCCGCGUACGAGUUCACAACCCUGACCAGCGUGCCCGGGCAGGUCAUAUACAACGGCGCGCCACUGCAGAUCAUCGACUUGCCCGGUAUUAUCGAGGGUGCGAAGGACGGCCGUGGUCGUGGCCGGCAGGUCAUUGCCGUAGCCAAGACGUGCCACUUGAUCUUUAUUGUGCUGGACGUCAACAAACCGCUGACGGAUAAGAGGAUUAUCGAGAGUGAGUUGGAAGGGUUUGGGAUUAGGAUCAAUAAGGAGCCGCCGAAUAUCACGUUCAAGAAGAAGGACAAGGGCGGGUUGAAUAUCACCAGCACGGUACCGCUUACCCAUAUCGAUCAAGAUGAGAUCCGGGCGGUCAUGAGCGAGUACAAGAUCAGCUCGGCAGACAUUGCUAUCCGCUGCGACGCCACCAUCGACGACUUGAUUGAUGUGCUCGAGGCCAAAAGUCGCAGCUAUAUUCCGGUGAUUUACGUGCUCAACAAGAUCGACAGCAUCAGCAUCGAGGAGCUCGAUCUACUCUACCGCAUCCCGAACUCGGUGCCCAUCAGCUCAGAGCAUGGGUGGAACAUCGACGAGCUGAUGGAGGCCAUGUGGGAGAAACUAAAACUCGUCCGGGUGUACACCAAGCCGAAAGGCAAGAUGCCGGACUACUCGGCCCCUGUCGUGCUGCGCUCGACGAAAUGCACAGUCGAGGAUUUCUGCAACGCCAUCCAUCGGAGUAUCGUUGAGCAAUUUAAGGUGGCCAUCGUCUACGGCAAGUCGGUCAAGCACCAACCACAACGGGUGGGUCUCUCACAUGAGCUGGCAGACGAGGAUAUCGUCACGAUCGUCAAACGGUAA